UGCAACAAUAGUAAUGCUAGUAAUUCAACUAACAAGUUUUCCCUUUAAAUGCAAAGUUUCAUGUCGGGAUAACGAUGACAGUGUUGACAGUUGAUGAACACGCAUCAAGCAGAUCACCUUCAAUGGUCAUAAAUUUCUGUUUUGUUGGAUAACUUUCGAAUGUCUGAAGCUAACAGUCUCGAGAUGCAGUUUCAGUUGAUUUUGUUAACAAGAAAGCUUAGUCACAUCCUCAGGAAGCGAUGGCGACGAGCCUGAUAGGAGGACUGAGACUUCAAGGUCUCAUUUCUACGAAGCCAACCAAAUCGUGCACAAGUGUCUGUAAAGUGUCUUACAUUAUUGAUACUACAUUAAAUUAUUAUUAGCUUUAAGUGUCUGAGAUGCACUUCCUUGAAUCUUCAAAAGUUAUAAUCAUUUCAUAAUAACAGCUUAAGUACAUCGAAGAUAGUCAUGAUAAUCGCGUUCGACCCAAAUGUUGCCCUUUUUUAACGGUUGCAGUUUUGUGACGAGUGUCAAAACCAGAAUUGUGUCAAAGUUUGAUACUUGAAAUAAAAAUCAGCAUAAUUAGACCGAAACAUUUCCUCUAUAGAAUUAUCCCAUUCUUUUUUGCAAAUUCUCAGAAAAUUUAAUAAUUUCAGAACGCUCUAUAAUUAAUUUGUCCAAUGUGAAAUGCUCACGACACAAUAUAUAAAAAACCUUAGAGAGAAAAACUUAAGCAUCGUUUAAACUCUUAAUGAUGAAAACAUAUUGUCUCAAUUCGUGAAACUGUUUACGUGUGUGAAAAUAAGAUACAGUCAUGGCGGUCGGGAAAAUAUGGUUUGUUCUGGUGCUGUCAAUGCUGAGCACGCAUCUGGCAGUGGCAACAACCGUGAAAUUGAACGAAAUCGGGCCUUGUUGCAGUAGCCACUGCAGCAUCGGGGAGUACAACAAUGCUACCAAGAAGUGUCCUCAAGAACGCCACCCAAACUACACAUGCAACUUGGAAAAUUGCCAAAUUGCCUAUGACCAAUUGGUAAUUUACUACUCAUCGGAAGAACAAAAGCUGUACGAUACGCUGCACAUCCUGAAUGCACGUACAGUGAAACUCUACAAUUCGCACAUCGCGGAUAAGUUGGAGUUCACGAAUGUCAGUCUCAUCUCGACCGUGAACGAAGGAAGAAGUGGUUUUGAUAGUCUCAUCUUAGUGAACUCGUUCAUCACAAAUAUAACUUUCACAGAACUGAAAUUUUUAAAGUUGAAUAAUUCAUCAGCGGAUGUUGUUAAGCUUUCCAACCUUAGUGAAAUGGAUAUUUUGGAUGAAAGUUCGAUAAAGGAACUGGAAGCUACAAUUUCGAGUUCCAAGAGCACUUUCUCCGAAUCUCUCAUUGAAUCUAUUUCUAAGCUUUCCGUGAUAGGAACAGCAAAAUUGAACGUAAUUAACAUGAAAAUAAAUUCGGUGGGCGAGAUAGAUAUAUAUGAGAACACUAUUGUCAAUAUAUCGUCAUUGAUGAUACCUCGUGUUAAAGUAUUACUAGUAAAGAGUCAGAACGUCGAAUUGGAUAAUGUCACAAUUGAAGAAAUACCGGAUGGGGCCGUUAAUAUAUACGGCAAGCUUCACAUACAAAAUUCUGUGUUGAGCAAUGUUCAUGGAGAAGGCAUAGUGAUUCAAGGAAGCGGCAAACUAGUUGCAAAAAAUGUAUCUUUCAAUGGCAAGUUGAUCUCGUUUGCGCUCGAGGGAAUGCACACUGAAAACUCGAACAUCUCUCUGGGCAGGCUGUGUCUGAGCUCAUCUUACUCUGCCAUGACAUUCUGGAUCGUUAUAAGUGUGUUAAUACUUUUGAUAGCGAUUUUUGGCGUAAUGACCGCAUUUUUAAUAUGGAAGAAAAGAUCAUCAGCUGAAUGUGAAGUUCAAGUGGAAAGCUCGAUGAAAUCGCGGAAACUUAGUGAACGAGGGUUAGCCAAUCUUUAUACCCCUCCAGCUCACAAAGAAGAAAUCCCAAUGGGUCUACCAAAAUCACAAACAGAGAGUGAUGGUGUUAGUGAUCCAAAAGAAGAUCUCCCAUCUCCUCCACCAACAUCACAGACGACAAUGCACCAGCCGAGAUUCCCGCCACCUAUUCCUCCACCGCCUCAGCCGCCACAAGAAAAGCAAAACUCAUUGGUCGAAGAUGAAUACACAGACGUUGAAAACAAUGUGAAUCCCACGGUCCUCAAAACUCCACUACCACCACACCAGUCUUCUUUGCACCAAGCUCUGACAUCAGCCUUGCACAAAAGUAACAAGAUAGAAACACCCCAAGUUAGAGAACCGACAGUUCCAGCACCUAACCCAAAACCAAGCGUUCUGCAGAAACCCGUCGUCCCAAUGUUCCCAAUAAAACCACUUGCUUCUAAUCCUCUUCUGAACCCAACCCAACCUCGAAACCAUCGAAACGACGAAGCCUUCCCACCACCUCCUCCUUUAGAUUCCUUACCUCCAUCACAUCACUACAUUGGACGGUCUAAACCCCUACCACCUCCGCGCAAAGGAUCAGGUAUUUCUCUUCCUCCUGUUGAUUUUGUUCCAGUAAACCAGAAUGACCAAAGCGACUUGGAACCUGUUUACGAAGACACUGCAGUUGAGGAGCCCUUAUACGCUGAAGAUGAAAUUGAAACAUAGUGAUUGCUGACAUCGGAUGCAGUGUUAUAUAUGCAAUGUAAUGCACUUGAAGAGAAUAAUCUUUGCGCAAAUAUCGACCCUAAUUUUGAUUUUUCUCACUCAGUGUCUUUCCUAGAAUAGGGAAACUUCCUGUUUUGUACUUCGCGCCGAGCUGCCAGAUGUUGUAUGAAAAAAUAAAAUCAGUACCUACUCACUGAAGUGAGUGACAGA